AUGCCUGUGACCGUCAUCACUGCCAAACCCCAGGACAGCACUCACUCUCCCCAGACGUAUCGUUUCAUUGAUCCACAUCUCUUGGUUUCAGUCAACUUGACCGACCCAGUGUUCAGAGGGUUGUAUCAUGGAAGACAGAAACACGACGAUGACCUUGAAGCCAUGCUCGAGCGCUGUAGGGCUGCACGCGUACAGAGCAUGAUCAUCACAGGGACCAGCCUACACGAGUCCAAAGAGGCUCUCAAGCUAGCGAAGCAGCUCGGCUUCUACGCGACCGUGGGCUGCCACCCCACCCGCUCCGCCGAGUUCGACAAGUUCAGAGGCGGGCCCGGCAAGUACCUGGAAGAGCUCGACAACCUGAUCGCCGCCAACCUGACCGGUCCCGGAAGGGUCGUCGCCAUCGGCGAAUGUGGACUGGAUUACGAUCGACUGCACUUUGCCAAGGAGGACGUGCAGCGCCGCCACUUUAGAGCGCAGCUCGCUUUGGCGAAGAAAUACCACCUGCCGCUGUUUCUCCAUUCGCGUGCGGCGCAUGCAGAUUUCGUCUCUAUAUUGCGCGAAGAGGGAUUCGACAAAGAUGGCGGCUCUGCUGCAGGCGGGAAGGGUGGUGUCGUCCACAGUUUUACGGGCACGCCCGAAGAGGCGAUCGAAGUGAUGGACAUGGGGCUCCAUGUCAGUGUAAAUGGUUGCUCGCUCAAGACCGCAGAGAACUUGGCGACAGCGAAGGCAAUCCGUCCCGAUAAGAUCAUGUUCGAGACAGAUGCGCCUUGGUGCACCAUGACUUCGACCCAUGCUUCGAGAGCCCACUUGUCGAGCCUCUCAUCUUCGCUUAACUCGGUGUACUUCCCUCAAGGCACAAAACCCGAGUCCUUCGUAUACGGCCGACCGGUUAAAGGUCGCAACGAACCCAGUGCUGUCGGUGGAGUGGCUUGGGUGAUCCACAAACUGAACGACGGCGUGCCGUUCGAGAAGGUGGUUGAGAAGGGAUGGAAGAAUACUAUCGAGCUGUUCGGGUUAACAGAACUACAGUAA